AUGAAGUCAGCGGCGGCGAGUCACGUGAUCGCUGCCUACGCGCAGCGGGGCCGGGCGCAGAUGGCGGACGCCGAGGCCGAGGCGGCUCCGCGGCCGGAGGUGCCGCGGGUGGUGACGGCUCUGCGGGCCCGGCUGUGGCAGCUGCAGGCCGAGCUCCGUGAGCAGGAGGUGUCGGAGCCCUCGUCCCGCAGCUACUGCCGCGGCUUCUGCCAGACACUGCUGCAGUAUGCCAGCAGCCGGGGUGCAUCCGAACACAUUUCACCUUUUCUGGAAGUGUAUCGCAUCUCCAUCCAAAGCUUUGCUAAUGCACGACCUUACCUGACUACCGAAUGUGAAGAUGUUCUUCUGGUACUUGGCAGGCUGGUGCUGAGUUGUUUUGAGCUACUGCUUUCAGUUCCUGAAAGUGAAUUGCCACAUGAGGUGUGGUUGGGAUUCCAUCGGUCCAUACAGGAUUCCCAUGAGGCUUUGCUGGAAUUUGGGAACAACAACCUCCAAAUCCUGGUGGAUAUCACAAGGGAAGGAAUAUGGAAACAUCCAGUUCUUAUCAAAAUUCUAUCCCAGCAACCAGUAGAAGCUGAGGAAGCCAAUAAACUGAUCACACGAGAAGGGCCUUCCUUUCUGCAGAUGCGAAUAAAGCAUCUGAUGAAGUCAAACUGCAUCCCACAAGCUAAAUACUUGUCAAAACUGUGUGCAGAGUCCUCAGAAAUUGCAAAUGUCUCCCCUUUUCGCCAAGCCUACAUCACAUGUGUGUGUUCUAUGCUGCCUAAUGAAGAUUCCAUUAAAGAGAUUGCAAAAGUGGACUGCAAAGAAGUCCUGGACAUCAUCUGCAAUCUGGAAUCUGAAGGACAAGAAAACACUGCUUUUGUUCUGUGUACAACAUACCUUACUCAUCAGCUUCAAACAGCAAAUGUGUAUUGCUCUUGGGAACUGACACUUUUCUGGAGCAAACUGCAGAGAAGAAUAGAUCCCUCUCUAGAUUCCUUUCUGGAAAGAUGUCGUCAGUUUGGCAUCAUUGCCAAGACUCUACAGCAUUUAUUCUUCUUGAUAAGAGUCAUCCAAUCUGAAGCAGAAGAAGCAGGACUCGCAGUGUCUGUCCUGUUAUGUGUGAGAGCCCUUCAGAUCCGCUCAAAUGGAAGCGAUGAGAUGAAGACAUCAGUCUGUAAAACAAUUGCAUGCCUUUUACCAGAAGACCUUGAAGUCAGAAGAGCUUGUCAGCUCACGGAAUUUCUACUUGAGCCAACUUUGAGUGGAUUUAAUGUGUUGGAAGAGCUCUAUAUGCAACCAGAUCAGAAAUUUGAUGAAGAAAAUGCACUGGUUCCAAACUCCCUCCGUUGUGAACUGCUCUUAGCUUUAAAAGCGUAUUGGCCAUUUGAUCCUGAGUUUUGGGACUGGAAGACUUUGAAGCGACAUUGCCUUAAACUGUUAGGGAAAGCAGCUUCUGAUUCCGAGGACGAUGCAAGUUGUAAUAUGUCAGUCAAUGAAACUGAUAUGCUAGAAACUUUCUUUAGUGACUACGAAGAGUCAAAGGAACAUAAAUACUAUGAUGGAAAAGACACAAUGUACCACCCUAAAGAAAAAGUAAGAGUAAAAAAGCCAAUUGGUUCUUCAGAAAGAUACCAGAGAUGGCUUCAAUAUAAAUUCUUUUGCGUGCUUUGCAAAAGGGAGUGUAUAGAGGCCAGAAUCCUGCAUCAUUCAAAGAUGCAUAUGGAAGAUGGUGUUUAUACAUGUCCGGUGUGCACAAAGAAGUUCAAGAGGAAGGAGCUUUUUGUCCCUCAUGUAAUGGAACACGUUAAAAUGCCACCCAGCAGAACACACAGACCUAAAAAGAAAAUAAUCCUGAAGAAAGAGAGAUCCCCCCAGAAGAUAACAGCUUCCAGCAGCCCCCCCCCAGCCUGCCAGGACAAGUCACAUCAGCUGCCCGAGAGCUUUGACAACGACACACAGGAGUACGUCACAUUCAGCCAGCUGGAGAAUUGCCAGCUACAGGACAGAGACAUCUACCCCUGUCCCGGAACGGAUUGUUCCAGGGUAUUUAAACAGUUCAAAUACCUGAGUGUACAUCUGAAAGCUGAACAUCAGAACAAUGAUGAGAAUGCAAAGCACUACUUGGACAUGAAAAACAGGAGAGAAAAGUGUGCUUACUGUCGCCGACACUUCAUGACAUCCUUUCAUUUGCGGGAGCAUGAACGGGUGCACUGUGGACCUCAACCCUACAUGUGUGUGUCAAUGGAUUGUUAUGCCAGAUUUGGGUCGGUUAAUGAGCUUCUCAAUCACAAACAAACACACGAUGACCUUCGUUAUAAAUGUGAGCUAAAUGGCUGUAAUAUUGUUUUCAGUGACUUAGGGCAACUUUACCAUCACGAGGCACAGCACUUCAGAGAUGCAUCGUACACCUGCAACUUCUUUGGUUGCAAAAAGUUCUAUUAUUCCAAAUCUGAAUUCCAGAAUCACCUCGCUGUGCAUAACAUUGAAGUGUCAAAUGGGGAAGUGAAGCAAGUCAAACUUGAAGAGUCAGUUUCAAAAGACAAAUGCAGUUACCUUCCAGAGUCUCAGCUGCUUGAACAGUCUGAAAAUCCCAGUCUGAAUGAUAACUUGGAUCCUUCAGGCUCUCAAGAAAUCACACAGAUUAAGGAAGAGGCUCUCUCUGACAGUGAAGAUCUAGACAGUGAAAGUAAUUGCAGCCUUCAUAGUGGUGAGCACAGGUCAGGUGCUGCAGUAAACCAAGGCCAGAUGUCUCCUCUGCUGAUCGAAACAGCAGCUCACCAUCAGUCAGUUCCCGGUUUUCUCAUGUCCGAGGAAGGAGUCUUCCAUCCAGCAGAUGUGAAACAACAGUGUUCCAAUGUGGCAGUUUGCUUUGAUGGAAAACGAAUCUCCUGUGGUUUUGAAGGCUGCUGUUCCAAGCACAAAAGUACCAGAAGUAUGCAAAAACACCUUCGCAGGGUCCAUCCAUAUAACUUUAAAGGGAAAAGAAAUAUGGAGAUGAAAACUAAAGACUUUCUCAACCUGUUGAGUGAGGCUCAGGGCAGUAAAUCCCCUACAGACAUUAACACACAGUUAGGUCAUAGCUCAGAUACAAAUGCUGACUCUCCAGAAAGUGUGUAUGGUAGUGUAGAUGCUAAAGGAAGCAAUGGCCUGAAGGAAGAAACUUAUCCUUCUUCCCCAGAAACAUCUUUUUACAACAGUUCUAAAGACUCCAGUAUUGAAGAUAACAUGAUGGAGUUAAUGUUAGGCUUAAAGCAUCUGAGCUUAAAAAAUUCCAAUAUUCAGAAUUCUUCAAGGCACAAGUCGUUUUUGGGUUCUUUACAGCCCUAUUCAUCUAGGGAUGGCAAGUCCCCUGAGUCAGAAGAUGAAACUACCUCAAAAUUCCAGCUUCAGGAGCAACAAGAUAAUUUACCCAGCCAGUACCUUACUCAGCUGGCAGCUAAACCCUUCUUCUGUGAAUGUCAAGGGUGUACGUGCGAGUUUGUGACCAGAGAAGCUCUCCUAAUGCAUUAUGUUAGAAAGCAUAACUAUUCAAAGGAGAUGGUUCUUCGGUUAAACAUGUUCCAGCAUCGGUACUCGCCAUUCAAGUGUCAUAUUUGCCAAAGAUCAUUUACAAGGAAAACCCACCUUAGAAUUCACUAUAAAAACAAACAUCAAAUUGGCUCCGAGAGGGCAGCUCACAAGGGGUGUUCCAAUGAGAAGUUUGACCAUGUAGGUUUAUGUAGAGAUGACAUCCAUAAAGCCAGCAGUGUCCCAGCCCCUGUCCGUGCACCCAGUGUGCAAUUCAAUGAACGUUCCAACCCCUCUGAGCAGCCGUGUCGUGCGAAAAGGGAAGACUGUAGUUCUGAGACAGAUCUGGAGUCCAAUGAAGAGACAGACAAUAAUGUGGCAAGAAAACCCUCUAACAUAGCUUCUCUGGACAGCCACAGGGAAGAACUGGAAGCAAGACAGGGAAGAGGAAGCAAAAGAACGGUUGCUAAAGGAAACUUAUGUUAUAUAUUGCAUAAGUACCACAAACCAUUUCAUUGCAUACACAAAAGUUGCAACUCGGCCUUUACUAACCAGAAAGGUUUGAUUCGCCAUUACAGAACUGUUCACCAGUACAACAAGGAGCAGCUCUGCUUAGAAAGAGACAAAGCAAGAAAAAAGAGAGAACUUGUCAAAUGUAAAAAGAUAUUUGCAUGCAAACACAAAGACUGUGGCAAACGUUUUCUGUGUUCUAAAGCUCUCGCUAAGCAUUGUAGUGAUUUCCACAACGAACACUUUGAGGAUCAAAAACUGCUUUCUGAAGCUGAAUCAGCAAGGUUUGCUUGUAACCAGCCCCACUGCCCUGCUGCAUUUUGUACCUUUAAUAAGCUCAAACGGCACCUCAUAGAUGAGCAUGCCAGUGAAGAAAAAUUAAACAAGGACUUUGAAAUCCAUUGUGACCUUAAUGGCUGCGAUCGGAUUUUCACCAAUUACAGCCACUACUCUCAGCACGUGUAUUUCCGGCACAGCGAAUACUACGACAGCCUCUUCAGGAAUCAGAAAGAGGAGGAAGAAGAGCAAGACAAAGCUAAAAAUGAGCAGAGUUAUUUGAAAGACGGUUUUGAUGUAAGCAAGCAGAACGGGAAGCCGUUAAAAGCUAAAAGACCCAGCAAAAGUAGAGAAAGGCAUUUGAUGAACUUCAAAACAAAGGAGGAAGCCCUGCAGAUGUGCAAAGAGAAGUCCAACCAGACCCAGUACCCUUGUAUGGUUCAGGGAUGUUUGUCCGUUGUCAAACUGGAAAGCAGCAUAGUGAGACACUACAAGCGCACGCAUCAGAUGACCAAUAUGUAUAUAGAGCAACGGCUUCAGAGGCUUGUUGUGUGUGUUAAGUGUGGUGUCAUGACUGAGAAGCAGUCCUGCUCCGACACGGCUCCAAGCUCGGAUAAGAAAGGUGUCGAUGCUCCUCCAGAGGAUAAAUCAGCUCAUCCUGAACCUGCGCAGGAAAGUGACAAACCUCUCGUUCCAAAUACUGACUGUGAACCUCAAGACGUAAGCAAUGAAGACCAAAAAAGACUUCCAUCGACUAAUGUGAGUUUUGAUGAUAGUGCCUUUAUGUAUUCGGGCACUUUAAAAUGUAACCACAGUUCAGAGAACACCUCUUUUGAAGAGCAAAACAUCAGGGAGACAGUUACAUGUAAAACUGAUGAGCUGUCUGAAACGAGUGAAAAAGAGACUAGCUCUUACUUGCCUGGUUUACAAUUAGAGUUGCCAAGAAAGAAUGAUCCAGAAGGAGGUCAACAUAGUGCAGUAAGUCAGACUACAAAAAGAAAUGUACUUUGUGCUACAAAAGACAAAUUUCAUAAGCCUCCAGUGUCCAAACCAUUUGAUUUAAAGACAUUUAAACCAAUGGGAUUUGAAUCUUCAUUCCUGAAAUUCAUUCAGGAAAGUGAGGGGAAAGAUGAUGAUGAUGAUGACGAUGUGGUGGAGGAGGCAGAAUGGGACUCUACUGAGCAGAUGCCAGUAGAGGAGACCUUGAAACAAGAGGGAGACAAUCAAGGGGAGACACCAGUAAACAGCUUUGUAGAUGACAAAAAUGUAAUCAUAGCCCCAAAUUCCCCUGAGCAGCUAACAGAAAUCCAGCCCCUCUUGUCAGAGUCAUCAUCUGCCCCUUCCUUAGAAAACCUGAGGGCUAUCUUGGACAAGGCACUAACGGACUGUGGGGACCUUGCCUUAAAGCAGCUGCAUUACUUAAGACCAGUGGUUGUUCUUGAAAGAUCCAAGUUUUCCACACCCCUCAUAGACUUAUUUCCAACAAAGAAGGCCGAUGAGCUUUGUGUAGGAAGUACAUAAGUAGUUUUGCUUAGAGCAGAUUGCCUCCACUACUGCUAUAUGGGGAGAACUUCAAAUUAGAACAGUAAUUGUUACAGUACACACUGUUUAGGUUAGUUUAGACUGUUUAAUUCCAUGAAUGUAUAAUAUCUGUCAAAAGUAUUGGCCAAGUUAAUUUAGCUCCCCAUUUUUUUCAAUGAACUAUGCUGAUUUUGGUGCUAUUUAACACAACAGAAUACUGGGGGCUUCCUCUUGAAGAGUAAAUGUGCAUGAUUGUAUAUGGAACACGUACUAGGGUACCAGGGUUUGGGGGGCGAUGGAGUUAUUACUUGACUUGAAUGUGCACCCUUGGGUGCUUUGUGUAACAUAUUGUACACUACAGCAUCUUAUAUUUUUUGAGUUAUGAGUUUCAAUAAAUUACAGUUUUUCACCCAUUUGUUUACUGUACAGUAAAUCUUUAAUGUAGUUUACUUGUAAUUGAAUUUGGGACCAUUCUGAGUGCAUUGGACAAUGUUGCUUAAGUUUUAUGCAUUUGUAGAUAAUUUAUCAGACUGAAACAGUAUAGAUAAAGUAAAGUAUUAUUUUA